AAUUACAACCAAUAGAAGUAAAACAGGAAUAGAUCAGUUAUGUUUCUCUAGAUCAAGAAUCUCUUAAACAUUGUGCACAUUCUUAUGAAAAGCUAGAUUCAAGAUUGACAUUGUAAUUGAUGUGAUAACUAGCAAAUUGACCAAUUAAGCACUGGAUCAAGACCUCUUCACAGCAAGAAAGAAUGGACCACCCAAAGGUGCAAAGAGUUGGACAACAGAAGCAAACUAAAGGAAGAGGAAAACGUGAUUGAUUGUCCAAUGCAGUACAAAAAGAGUGCUUUAUUACACAUGUUGCAGAAAAUACAAGCCAGAAGGUUGAAUGAAGGGAGAAUCAACAAGGCAUCUUUUUUCCUCCACCACUCUUUCAAGCAUGAGGAUUGAAGUUGCUUCAGAAUAAAACUUUUAUAAUGCCAAGAUGAACAUGCACUGUGCAUUAUUGCAGUAAUUCAUCUCGUCACUUAUUGGAGAAAUAAAUACUUAUCAAUUUCAUUAUCUGAAAGUAUGGGAACUACCAAUUUGUCGAUGAGAGACUGGCGAUCAGAAAAUGGAAGUAAACUGCUUAAGGCAAAAAUGGAGAUGGAUGUACUGGCCGACCAAAAUUGUACUAUACACGACAACUUCCUAAUGACUCUUUUACCUGUAGCAUACUCUCUCAUAUUUUUAAUAGGGCUGAUUAGCAACAUUUCAGCAUUAUGCAUAUUUUUCUUUAUUCAAGACAAGAAAAAUUCCAUCCACAUCUAUUUGAUCAAUAUGGCAAUUGCAGACCUCUUCUCAAUUUCCUCCUUGCCUUUCAGAAUAGCUUAUCAUGCAAAUCAUAACCAGUGGAUGUUAGGGACAUUGCUCUGUAAUAUCAUAGGCAAUGUAUUUUACAUGACAAUGUACAUUAGCAUUAUACUUUUGGGACUCAUCAGUGUGGAUCGGUACUUAAAAAUAACAAGGCCUUUGCGGCACUAUAAAAUACGGAAUGCCACCCAAAGUGCAAUGAUAUGUGCUGCCAUCUGGUUUGUUUCCAUUCUGAUUACAAUACCAAUGCUUUUGAAGACUAAAGGAGAUAACAAUUCCAAUAACAAUCUGAAAUGCUUUCAUUAUCGAGGAAGAGACCAAUUCAAAACCUACAUUAAUAUUUUUAUUGUGAUGAUGUUUUGGGUUGUUUUUUUUUGCCUCACUCUUUCAUAUGGAAAGAUAGCCAAAAAGCUUUUCACACUGAGUAGAGAGAAACCUGGUUUUUCUAACAGCAAAGUUCACAGCAAAAUUGCAACAAAAACGUUUGUUGUUCUUUUCAUUUUUACCGUAUGUUUCAUCCCGUAUCAUAUCUCACGAUUUUUCUACAUUGCAUCUCAACUCCGCGAAACAAGCUGUUACUGGAAAAAUGUCGUGAAUAAAACAAAUGAGAUAUCACUUUUACUUUCUGCAUUCAACAGUUGUCUGGACCCAAUUAUGUACUUCCUGCUCUCUAAAACUGUUAGAAAGACAGUGCAGAAUUUAGUGUGCGAAAAACUUCAGAAAGACACAAGAAGUGAGAGCACUUAAAAGCUACACUAUCUCCAGUCCUAGACGUUUAUGGGUAUGUCUCAAACAGUUUGAAGCCUGCAGUUAUAUUUCUACUUCAGAACAAAACAAAAAUCAAUGGACAACAAAGAUUUCAGAUUUGUUUACGUGUUUUAAAUAGCUUGAACCAAUCUGUACAUUGUGGAUGUGGUAUAUUGGAAUGCUAAUGAGUAAAGAUCUAAAUAUAACUUGAAA